AACAAACCAAAGAGAAGAAGAAGAACAGAGGUUAUGAAAACACGAGCCGCUCCAAAAUGUUGAGAAAAUCGCUUAAUAACCUGCCGCGUUUUGGCCAGAUGUGCGGCCUGCCGCGACGCCUGCAGAGUACACAACCGGAGCAAUCCGUCGAAACGGAGCCGGAAGACUUCGCCUUGGUCGAACAGCGGAUACUGAAACAUCCGGACUACUUCCAGGUGCACAACCUGUUCACCGUGCGCGACCUCUUUAACGCCCGCGUGCACUAUGGCCACAAGGAGGGCUCUCUGGACGACCGGAUGCGUCCGUAUUUGUUCGGCAGUCGCCUGGGCCACCUAAUCUUCGAUCUGGACAAGACGGCGUCACACCUGCGCGAUGCCCUCAACUUUGCCGCCCACAUCGCUUUCCGGGACGGUAUUAUCCUGUUCUUCAAUCGCAACGCAAUGAACUCACACCUUGUGGAGCAAAAGGCCCAAGAAGCCGGGGAGUUCUCGCACACACGCUUCUGGCGCGGCGGCAUCUUCACCAACGCCAAUGUACAAUUCGAUGCCGUCACCCGGCUACCCGAUCUCUGCAUCUUCCUGAACACCCAGAACAACGUGAUGGCCCAGCACACAGCCGUGCGAGAUGCCGCCAAGAUGGCCAUUCCCACGAUUGGAGUUGUGGAUAGCAAUUGCAAUCCCAAUUUGAUCACCUACCCGGUGCCCGGCAACGAUGAUUCCCCGGCAGCUGUGGAACUCUACUGCAAUCUGUUCAAGGAGGCCAUUCUGCGUGGCAAGCGGGAACGUCGCCAGAUCUUGGGCCUUCCGCCCCUGGACGAAUCCCAGCCACGUCGCACUCGCACGCCCAAGAAAUAGUCUUAAGUGUCAAGUUGAUUUUCUGUAUCAAGUUGAUUUUGUUACAUUUAUCUGAAUACAAAUACCGAUGCCUUCGAUUCAGGAUGAAGAAGAAA